UGGGAAUAUUUCCCACCUUAUUAGGUACACAUUUAUUUGUAUAGCAACUGAAAGUAAAACAGAACGGAGGAGGGGGUGGAGCAUUUGCUGCUGUCACUUGUGCAAACCUUAUCCUAACUUCUGUGUCGUGUCGACUUGCUGCUCAGCACUCCGAGACUGGUCCCAAAAUGUAGUUUCCUGAUCCAGAUGCUGUGCUUCUUCUUCUGAGUGAUGGUCCAGCAGGCAGGAUGCUGGGGACGGCACGGCCAACACAAAACUCUGCUGGAGCAGUGAGCAGGCUGCAGAGUCAGAAAACACACCUGAAAGGUGUUUGUCUGCAGUAUCCGCUGUGUGGGCUUCUGAACAGCCAUUGCUUCUGCCUUUUAAAGAAUGGGAUGGGACUAAUCAUCUUCUUCCUAUGUGCUUAUGUACCAAAGACAGAAGCAAGUCAUUGCAAGUGGGCAGAGGUUCUGAAAGAUUUGGAAAGGAUCAAGUCAUCCAAAGAUAUUGAUGUCAGUUUAUACACUGCAAAUGCAGAUGAGGAUGAAGAAUGCCAAGAACUUGUAAUAAGGUGCUUUUUCUUAGAGACAGAAGUGAUAGUUCAAGAAUGUCGUAUCAAAAAUUGUAGUAAAACACAGGAUGUAUGGAAUAUAUGGAAAAAUGGGAAUGAAAGCUUAAAAAAAAAUAAGUUGACUUCCACAAAAUCAGAAAAAUGCAAAGAAUGUGAAGAAUAUGAAGAAAAAAAUUUUACAGAAUUUAUACAGAAUUUUGUAAAGGUUAUACAGAGAGAUUGCAAACAGUGACCAAAAGAAACAAGCUGAGAAACAAGAUUCUUAUGUUAACACCCUCAGAGAAAUUAGAUUAUCACCAAAAGUAAACCAGAAAAAGAAAAUAAUUUACCAUCCUCUUGGCUAUCUCUAAAUAUACCUGUUUCUGUUGUCAUUUUCAGGUAAACUCAAUUACUUCUUCUACCCAAGAACAAAAGUCAAAAAUUAGAAUAUUUAUGUAAAUACUCUGAAUACAAUGAAUGAAUACUCUGAAUAUAAUGAAAACUCUUCAUUGCCUUUUCCCCCUUUUGUACAAUGCUAGCAUAAGGGCAUUGAGAAUUAUCUCCAGUCUUCUCAGAGAAGGUAAAGCUGGUGCUUGGUUCUACUAUUCAACAUGUUCUGUUCCUUCAUUUGUUACCUCUAAGAUGACUUUAUUAGUUAAUGUAAUUACAACUCCUUUACCAGUUGCCAAAGAUUUCAAUUGAGAUGUCAACCAAAGCAGUGUUAAUUUAAUUCUCUGAAUAAAAGAGUUGCCCAAGUCUCCGACACACUUAAAAAAAUAAAAUUUCUAUGUGGUAGAAAUCUUGCCUGUGAAGUAGGAUUUGUAACUUUAGUCUCCUUUUGGGAAGGAACGCUGAAGACACGAAUCAUUUUGGGCCAAUUAUUGGAAAUCAUAACUAUAUUUCUAAGACUCAGUGCAAUCACCCGUCCUCUGGUAUUUCUGCAAUGC